AGGGUUUUAGGCCUUGGAGGAGGAAAAGGGCGUAGGGAGAAGAGAGAGAGAGAGAGAGAGAGAGAGAAUGGGUUUCAUCGGGGACGCGGUGGACUCCAUUCGCUCCCUUCAAAUCCGCCAAGUUCUCACCCAACUCGUUAGCCUCGGGAGAAUUGAUGCAGGGAUGAUAGUUACAUCGGCGUUGAUCAUAUGGAAGGGUUUGAUGUGUGUCACGGGGAGCGAAUCGCCCGUUGUUGUUGUUCUAUCAGGGAGCAUGGAACCUGGAUUUAAGAGGGGUGAUAUUCUGUUCUUGCACAUGAGCAAAGAUCCUAUUCGUGCUGGAGAAAUAGUUGUGUUUCAUGUGGAUGGGCGCGAAAUCCCAAUUGUCCAUCGGGUAAUUAAGGUUCACGAGCGACAGGACACAGGAGAGGUUGAUAUUCUUACAAAAGGUGAUAAUAACUUUGGUGAUGAUAGACUUCUAUAUGCUCACGGGCAGCUUUGGCUUCAGCGACAUCACAUAAUGGGUCGGGCCGUAGGGUUUUUGCCGUAUGUCGGAUGGGUCACCAUUAUCAUGACCGAGAAACCAAUAAUCAAGUACUUGCUCAUUGGUGCUCUGGGUUUGCUGGUUAUAACAUCCAAGGAGUAGAAAAGGCGUCGUUUAGCAUGGAGUCUGAUUUUAGUUAGCAUGGAGUCUGAUUUUAGUUAGCUUGGCCCACAUGUGGUGAAAAUGAAAUGAUAGUAACUGUUGUGAUAUGUAUUAGGGGAAAGGUUUUCACUGUAUUAUGAGGUUGUCUCUUUUGAGUGAUUAUGUGCUCCAUCCAUUUCCUUUUAUAUAACCGAUCCCUUUUCACCUGGCACCCUAAUCAAUGAAUUAAUGAAUUGCUAGACCCUCUGUUCACGUA